AUGGCAACUGGAAGACAACCCUCUUUCUUCAAGGUUCUUAAAGGAGAUGACUUCUGUGAAAAAUUGAAAAUCCCCCGAGCUUUUCUCAUGCAUUUUGAUGGGACGGUACCUGAACAAUGCCAACUUAGAAUCCGCACUCAAACAUGGCUUGUUGAUGUGGAAAGGGUUCAUCGCAAUGGAAACUCGGAGUUCUAUGUGCACAUAUAUGGGAUAGAUGCCUGCAAAAGGGAGUUUGCAGAGGUUGCUAGGGAAGUAAGUGACAGCGCCAAAUGGAACUAUGUUAGCAGGAUUGAAGAGGCUGAUAGUGAUGACGCAUCUGUGCAAGCUGCUGACAGUGAAGAUAAAGAUGAAUAUGUCGAAGAGGAAGUAGAAAGUGAUAGAGAUGAGGGGAAAAGUGAUGAUUCUAUUGACAUUCUGGACGAGUUUCCACAAUGCUCAAAGGUAGAAACAAAGAGGACAUCAUCAGGGCUUCACAAGAGAAAGAUAAACUGUUCUCAGGCUAAAGCACAAAGCAUCAAAAGGCGUGCUAGUGGCUGGUCUAGCAAUCAAAGAAUCAAAGCACUGAAACAAAAUGGAACAGGAGAGCUUAUAGCUCGUCAUAGAGCUGCUGAUUUCAUGUCCAAAUCUGUCGAUCCUUCUUGCUUGAUAGUCAUGUCUCCUUCGUAUGUUAAAGGGUCUUGUGUGCAUUUUCCUCGUGAGUUUAGCUACAGACAUCUCAAAAUGAAGUGUAGCCACAUCAACCUUCGGGUUAAUAAGAAAAGUUGGAGUCUCAAUAUCUAUCAAGGAAUUCGGAACAAAUCAUUCAAAUUACAAGCUGGUUGGCCUGAAUUUGUGAGAGAAAAUAACCUGAAAGAGGGUGAUGUGUGCGUCUUUGUGCUGAAUGAAACCAUCAGAUAUGUAUUUGAUGUUACAAUUUUCCGCACCACAGAAGCUGCAGAUUGCACCUUGCCAGCAAUGAAAAGGAAGGAUUCCGACCAUCCAAUGGAGCACCAGAACCCAUUGGACACUGGUGGAUAG